CCUGGGACCCCCAGCCUGCUGCAAUGGGUGGGUUGUGAAUCACUGGUAAUGAGGAGCACUGGGGUCAGCCUGCCCUGGAGAUGUUGAAGAGAAGGGACAUUCUGGCUAUAGUGCUCAUCGUACUCCCCUGGACUUUACUCAUCACAGUCUGGCACCACUCUACCCUGUCCCCGCUGCUCACUGCACACAAGGACGACAGUAGCGACGGGCGAAGGGAUGCAAGCCCGGGUUCAGACUCCAGAGAGUUUUGCUCCUCCGAGCGGGAUAUUGUAGAGGUUGUGAGGACAGAAUAUGUAUACACGCGUCCUCCACCUUGGAUGGGGAACCUUCCAACCAUUCAUGUUAUCACACCAACUUAUAGCAGGCCGGUGCAGAAAGCCGAGCUGACUCGCCUGUCCAACACAUUGCUGCAUGUCCCUAAUUUGCACUGGAUUCUGGUGGAGGACUCGCAACGUCGUACUUCUCUGGUGACUAAAAUGCUUCAGGAGUCUGGCCUCAAUUAUACCCAUCUGAACGUGGAGACCCCACGUAAUUACAAACUGAGGGGGGACACAAGGGACCCACGAAUUCCUCGAGGGACCAUGCAGAGGAACCUGGCUUUGCGCUGGCUCAGAGAAACUUUUAAUAAGAACAAUAGUUUACCGGGAGUUGUCUACUUUGCAGACGACGAUAACACCUACAGCCUUGAGCUGUUCGAGGAGAUGCGGAGCACCCGGAAAGUUUCCGUAUGGCCGGUGGCUUUUGUAGGAGGUCUUCGUUACGAAUCACCUAAAGUCAACGCCGCCGGGAAAGUAUUCGGAUGGAAGACGGUGUUUGACCCGCACAGGCCAUUCGCCAUCGAUAUGGCCGGUUUCGCCGUCAACUUGCGUCUGAUCCUCCAGCGACCGCAGGCGUAUUUUAAAUUACGAGGGGUGAAAGGGGGUUACCAGGAGAGCAGCCUGCUGAGGGAGCUGGUGACCCUUAAUGACCUGGAACCCAAAGCGGACAAUUGCACUAAGAUUCUAGUGUGGCACACCCGGACAGAGAAACCGGUACUGGUAAACGAAGGAAAGAAAGGAUUUACAGAUCCCAACGUGGAGAUCUGAGCAAAGACGCGAAAAUGGACUGAUUUUCUCUGAUGGCCUCUCCAUGGACAGGUUGAGAUAGAAAGCAUCUCGGGGGCCCCUUUUGCGGGCGCUGAAACCCAAUACCCAAGGCCCACAGCUUGCAUGGGACUUCAUGUGUACAUUAUUCUACCCACAAAGCACAGCACAUGUUGAACACGGAACGUUGGGAAUGGCCGGGAACGAAGGAUUCCUGUUUCUCUUCCGAAGAGAUCCAAAAGGGACCACAACCCAACCUGCGCUGUGCUCAGAAGCCAUGUUGAAAGGUUGCAGGAGAUGAAAAGUAAGAAACGAGCAGCGGGGCCCGGGGGUCCUGACCCCGCUGCACUCUCUGCGGUAAAGUCCGGGGUGAAACUCCGUCCUCACUCCCACGUCUUCACUUCCGGAGACUUGCAGAGCAGCCCGUGAUUCAUUCUGCAGAUGUCCAGGCGCUCUUCUGCGGGAAGCCACCAGGCCUGCGGUGAUCGAUCAGUUCUGACCAUAAGAGAUGUCAUCGAACCCAACGACCCCAAGAGAUACUCCCAGCAUUAAUUAAAUGGCAGGCAG